UUUCGAGGGAGCGCGGGAAAGAUGUCAAAGCGUUCAUCCGUUAUAUCGGCGAACGGGAAGGUUGACAAGGGAAAAAGGCCAUGGCCAUUGCUGAGGCUCACUCGCCUCCCGAUUCAAGAGUUAUCGUUGCAGAUGGCGUCCCCAAGACCGAUCUCGAAGCCUCCCCUCUUCCUGAGCCAGAUGAAACUCUGAUGAUUGACAACUUCGACUCAUUCACUUGGAAUCUUUACCAGUAUCUAUCAUCACUAGGUGCAAAGGUGAAAGUGAUUCGAAACGACGCGAUUAGUGUGGGAGACUUUCCGAAUCUUCGGAUUCGAAAUCUCGUCAUAUCCCCAGGACCAGGCCAUCCUCGAACUGACAGUGGAGUGUCUCGUGAUGCCAUUCGCCACUUCGCUGGAAAAGUACCCAUUCUAGGUGUGUGCAUGGGCCUGGAGUGUUUCGUCGAUCUUUUCGGAGGCGAGAUCGCUUAUGCCGGUGAAAUCAUGCACGGAAAGACGAGCAAGAUUCGACAUGAUGGCCGAGGCCUUUUCAAAGACGUCCCUCAAGGCAUCCCGUCGACACGGUAUCACUCUCUAUCGGCUAACGUGAAAACAAUUCCCGAUGAGCUUGCUAUCACGGCAACCACUCAGGAAAGUGGGGUUAUCAUGGGUGUCCGCCAUCGGAAGUUCACCAUCGAGGCUGUCCAGUAUCAUCCUGAAAGUAUCAUGUCUGUGGAUGGUAUGACUAUCCUCAAGAAUUUUCUUGAACUCAAGGGAGGCACAUGGGAUGAGAAUCCGCAGUCUGGCUUCAAACAGGGUACCGAGAUCGGGGUGAAAGAAUCUCCAGCUUCGAAUUCUCCUACCAUCCUGGAGAAGAUUUACGCGCAGCGCAUGAAAGAUGUUGAACUUGCAAAGACUGUCCCCGGGACUACACCAGAGGAUCUUGAUACCUUCCUUGGCCUCCAUUUAGCCCCGCCACUUAUUUCAUUUUAUGACCGGGUGCGGUCUCGGUCACCUGCACUUAUGGCCGAGAUCAAACGCGCUUCCCCAUCCAAAGGGUCCAUUGCUCUGAAGACAAACGCCGCCCAACAGGCUACAACAUAUGCCCUUGGGGGGGCCUCGGUGAUAUCGGUUCUGACAGAACCGACCUGGUUCAAAGGAUCACUCUUGGAUAUGCGUUUGGCUCGUCAAGCUGUUGAAUCGCUUCCAAAUCGGCCCGCCAUCCUUCGAAAGGACUUCAUCUUGGAUGAAUACCAAAUUUCCGAGGCACGUCUUCAUGGCGCUGAUACUGUGCUCCUGAUCGUGGCCAUGUUGUCUGUUGAACGUCUGGAGUCCCUGUAUGCCUUCUCCGUAUCUCUUGGAAUGGAGCCCCUAGUGGAAGUCAACAAUGCGGCGGAGAUGGAAAUCGCACUGGAUUUGGGUGCAAAAGUCAUUGGAGUGAAUAAUCGUAACUUGCAUGACUUUGAGGUUGACAUGGGGACGACUUCGCGCUUGGCUGGUUUGACCAAGGAAAGGGAUGUGGUUCUGUGUGCGUUGAGCGGUAUUACGAAGCCCGAGGAUGUGCGGAACUAUGUUUCACAACGCAUAGGAGCUGUGCUUGUAGGCGAGGCCUUGAUGCGAGCAUCCGACCCUUUGCUCUUCAUUCAGCAACUUUUAGACCUUCCGGCCCGCGCACCUGUGUCCUAUCCAACACCACUUGUCAAAAUAUGUGGCGUUCGUUCAGUUGAAGAGGCCGUGUACGCAGCCAAGGCUGGGGCGGAUAUAAUUGGUCUUGUCUUUGCCGCUCAUUCUAAGCGAGCUGUAGAUGAUACCUUGGCGUUAUUGAUCGUUCAAGCUAUCCGGCAGUUUACCCGCCAUUCGUCGGACACUGUUCCACCACAUCCUCACCUUCACCCUCUUUCAUGGUUUGCUGGGAACGCCCGCCAAUUCUUCAUCUCUUCUCGCCGGCCACAUGUUGUGGGUGUCUUCCAACACCAGUCCCUGGAAGAGAUUCAGCGAAUCGUCUCGGCCACCCAAAUUGACCUUGUUCAACUUCAUGGAGACGAGCCUUUGCAUUGGGCCCGACACAUCCCUACACCCGUCAUUAGGACUUUCCAUCUUCCAGCAACUACUGAGAAUGGAGGAGCGGUUGUCAACGGGGGCACAGUUGUCACCGGAAUCGCGAACACAGAUGCCGCGCUUCGAGAGAUCACACGACCAGGACUCCACGAAUUCGUGCUUUUGGAUUCGGUGCGACCAGGCGCAAAGCUGUCUGGAGGCUCUGGGAUGACGCUGGAUUGGGAUGUAGCGAAGCGAGUUGUCGAAGCGGGUGAAACGUCAGCAGCGGUAUCCCCGAUGCCUAUCAUACUUGCAGGUGGUUUGACGGUAGAGAACGUGGCGUCGGCGGUGGCUCGGGUGAAACCUUGGGCGGUAGAUGUGAGCAGUGGGGUAGAGACAGAUGGAAGGAAGGAUUUGGGAAAGAUAACGGCCUUCAUUCACGCAGCUAAAUUUGCGCAGAUGGAAAACGGUCUUGUAUAAGGAUAGCCUUUUUCUCAUUUGAUCUCUCGAGAUAUUAAUUGACUGUAAUUGGAGUGUAUCUACAGCUGUGUUGUUCAAAUGAUUUAAUUGUAGACCGAGUGCAAUUACUUAAAGGCGAUCCGAUUGCUCUAGCUUCCGCCUCUUCUUUCGCUCUUUUCGUAUUCUCCGGUCUUCA